AAUUAUCACCAUGACAUUUACAGUUCCCUUAUAGUGAAUGGCAAUGUCAAUUGUAAAACAAUACUUUUUCAUACAUGAAAAUUUUUCCCUUCUGUCUUUGAAGGUUACAGGAAACAGAUCAGACCUUGAAGAUUUGCACCUUUAUGCAACUCCUCGGGAGCAACGGUUUCGUAGGUUUGCCAGUUUAGAAUUUGAAGGACAGCUAUAUAUGACUCCAUAUGACUUCAUUCAGGCUGUCACAAAUGAUGAACCUAAACAUGCUAAAAAGUGGAGAUCCCUUUCAAAGCAGGAAUUGAAUCAAAUACUUAUGGAGACACCACCAGUUUGGAAAGGAUCAUCCAAACUCUUCCGUAAUCUUAAUGAGAAAGGUGUGAUAUCUUACACAGAAUAUUUGUUCCUCUUAUGUAUUUUAACAAAGCCUCAUGCAGGUUUUAGAAUUGCUUUCAACAUGUUUGAUACAGAUGGCAAUGAAAUGGUGGACAAAAAGGAAUUCUUAGUGCUACAAGAGAUUUUCAGGAAAAAAAAUGAGAAGAAAGAAAGAAAAGGAGAUGAAGAAAAGCGUGCAAUGCUACGUCUUCAACUUUACGGAUAUCAUACUUCUACUAACAGUGUACUUAAAACAGAAGGAGAGGACCUUGUCCCCAGGAGCUAUUGGGAUACUUUGAGACGUAGCACAAGCCAAGCACUCUUUUCGGACCUUGCAGAGCGUGUUGAUGAUAUUACAAGUUCACUAUCAGAUACUACACUGCUUGUACACUUUUUUGGCAAGAAGGGAAAAGCUGAACUGAACUUUGAAGAUUUUUAUAGAUUUAUGGAUAACCUACAAACUGAAGUUCUAGAGAUAGAAUUCCUUUCCUACUCUAACGGGAUGAACACCAUCAGUGAGGAAGACUUUGCCCAUAUUCUUUUGAGAUAUACAAACGUGGAAAAUACGUCAAGUUACCUGGAAAACAUGCGCUGCAGGAUUCCUGAAGAAAAGGGUAUCACAUUUGAUGAGUUCAGGUCAUUUUUCCAGUUUUUGAACAACCUAGAAGACUUUACAAUUGCAAUGCAAAUGUAUAAUUUUGCAAGUCGUUCCAUAGGUCAAGAUGAAUUCAAGCGUGCUGUGUAUGUAGCCACAGGGUUGAAGCUUUCACCACAUUUGGUGAACACAGUGUUCAAGAUUUUUGAUGUCGACAGAGAUGACCAGUUGAGUUACAAAGAAUUUAUCGGCAUUAUGAAAGAUAGACUUAAUCGAGGGUUCAGGGGCUACAAACCUAUACAGAGGUAUACUACUUUCAAAUCCUGCGUGAGGAAGGAACUCUAUAGCAGAUAAAUUACGGAGACCCCAAAAUAUGGUUGGAAGGAUUAUUAUUCUUGUGUGAUGACUGUAACCAGUGAACAUCUCAGAGAUCUAUGGAAGCAAUUUCGGAGACGUGAUACGCUGAGAUAAGGAAAGAACAACUGUGGGCACUGGUUAUAACUAUUUAUUCCUAUAUACACUGAAUGAAGAACAAACUUACCCAAGUGAAUCAUGAAUCUUCCGGCUGCAGUAGAUAACACAGGAUUUUUUUUUUCCCCACUUAAUAGAGUGAUCACAAACUCUUACAACCACUUGUCAGUAUAUAUUUUAUUUAAGCAAUGAAAUAACUAUCAUCUGAUGGGCAGAAGUUUUUGUUAAGAACAUAUUUUGAACAGUUUGUCAUUAUUUCGCGAUGUGUUUGUCAGUUAAAAGAAAACAAAAAUAAGUGUUACACUUGGGUAAGCACACCUUUAGGCAGUGAAGAGAAGCUGCCUGCAUCAGCUUAGACUGUGAAUCUGCUUUCAGAAGAGCACUAUUAACAGUUUGCGCUAAAUUGUCAAUGAGAAUACAUUAUGUAGCAUAACAAUUAUAUACAAGUUGAAUGUAUAAAUUAAGCCCUUAGAAGCUAACAGAGCUGUUACUUUUAAAAAGGGUAAACUUCCAUUACAAUUAUAAUGUGAAUGCUAGGUAUUUACCUAAGAAAGGUACUGUAUGGACUAUAAUGUUCAAAUCCUGUAAGUCUUACUAUUACAUCUGUUAAUUUAUCUUUAAAAGUAUUAAUUUUAAGAUGUGUUACAAGCAAUAUGUUGAAGAGGAAGUGUCAAAAUAUUCUAAUUCAUGUUAAGUAACACAGCACUAUGUAAUGUUUAUCAUAAACUUUAUUUCCACACAUAUAAAUUCACCGAUAUAUUUCCAGUAGAGUAUGACUUCAUGUGUUUCUUGUGAAUAGUGCACUUUUAUAAGAGGUAAGACAUGGCACUGUGCAGAAAUUAUAGUUGUCUAAUUUGCUAUUCUGGAAUGCAGUAUCUGAAAAAUAGAUAAGUAAUAUCUUUGUGUUUGUGUCAAACAAAAAAGCAAAGCAAAAUAUGAAUGCAUGCAGUAGUACAGAGCAACACUCAACUAAAUAAUAUUACUUGAAUAUUACGAAUCAGAUGUUAACCUUACUAAGGUUAUGGACACUAUUGACAAUCAGUGGCCACCCUGAUCUUUCAUGCCCCGCAGCUUUUGAUGUUACUGAAACAACCCUAAAGACACUCCAUUACAUUUGUUUUUCAUAUUUUCUAAAUUUUUUCUCUACAAUUCAACAGCAGCAGCAUUUUUUUUUUUUUACUCCCUUUCAGGAUGAAUCAUAUAAUUGAAUUAAACUCAAACAAAUGUGAACGAUUUUAUGUUAUUCUUGAAAAGGUUUGCUGGACAUUAAAUUAACCUGCACCUACUCAGGAACAAUCUGUGCAUUGACUGCAAACUGAAAUUAAUAUCAAUGAAUUAGUGUUAUCAGAAAGGUAAAUAUUUGGUGUAGUCAUACAAUUAAAAUAUAACCAAACUAUUAUAUUCAAAACAAUGGGUUUUAAUCUUUUAUUAUCACAAAUACACGUACAAAAACUUCUGAAAACCAUAUUUAGUGCACAUGUUGCUCAAAUACCAUUUUUUAUCAUAUAUGAAUAGAAAAAGAUGUAUAGCAUCUGUGUAAGUACAGUUAGGUUCAGAAAUGCUUAAUUUAUAGUAAGAUUUUUCUCUGUUUCAAAAUCAAGUGGAUAAACAAGCUGUUAUUUAAGAAAUUCCACCUGGGGAAUUUCAGAAAAAAAUGUGCUAUUUAGAUUAUCUUUUUGGCUGUGGCUUUAAUCUACAAAAAAGCCAGUUCAGAAAGUUUAUGAAGGAUUUAAUUUUGAAGUCUUUAAUUAAUAUUUCAUGAUAAAUACUUACCAAAUUUGCAGCUUGGCCUCCUCAAACUACUGACAACAAGGAAAAUCAUAAAUUUGGGAUAAAGGUUCUUGAAGUGACACAAUAGUACAUGAAUAAGCUGCAAUCUCUCUAGGAUCAGUCAGGGAAUCCAUUGAUAUUUGGUGUAUCAUCAUGGUCCCCAGAACAGUCUCAGUGCUUCUUGUCAAUGUACACAAAACUUAAUUUUGCUACUUCAGUGAUGAAGGACAAAGACUGGGAAGAAAGCAUAGGGAGUUACUGAAGGGGCUCUGCCACUUCCUCUUCAGUCACUACUGCCCACUCACUCACAAGGAGUCCUCCCCUUGGAGGAAGCAGAAGCACCAUCACAGUUCAGCUCCUCCUCUGCCCUCAGCAACAGUGCACUUUGCUUUAUGGCUGGCUUGAGAGAGUUGUAACAUUUUUCUAUAUAUUUCCUAACUGUAGUCACUUAAAAUAGAAUGUGAAAGUGUCAGAUUAGUUUUUAAGAGUAUUUUUCUCUUGUUUAAUAAAAAUUUAUGUAAUAUAGGAUAUGAAACUACAAAUAUCAUAUUCCUGU